GGGGCGGGCCGCGGCUCCGAUUCCAACAUGGCGCACGCUGGCGGCGGCGGCCCCGGGGGCCGGGGGCUGAGCAGCGCCCGCUGGGGUCGCUCGGGCUCCGCCGGCCACGAGAAGCUGCCCGUGCAUGUGGAGGAUGCCCUUACCUACCUGGACCAGGUGAAGAUCCGUUUUGGCAGCGACCCCGCCACCUACAACGGUUUCUUGGAGAUCAUGAAGGAGUUCAAAAGCCAGAGCAUUGACACCCCUGGAGUCAUUCGACGUGUUUCGCAGCUCUUUCAUGAGCACCCUGACCUCAUUGUUGGAUUCAACGCUUUCCUUCCCCUUGGGUACAGAAUUGACAUUCCCAAGAAUGGCAAGUUAAACAUCCAGUCACCUCUGUCAAACCAGGAGAAUUCGCACAACCACAGCGACUGUGCUGAUAGCCUCAAACAGCAGAUACCAUACAAGGAGGACAAGCCUCAGGUGCCCCUGGAGUCGGAUUCCGUGGAAUUCAACAAUGCCAUCAGCUAUGUGAACAAAAUUAAGACACGUUUUCUAGACCACCCAGAGAUCUAUAGAUCGUUUCUGGAGAUACUGCACACAUACCAGAAGGAGCAGUUAAGCACGAAGGGCCGGCCCUUCCGCGGCAUGUCUGAAGAGGAGGUGUUCACUGAGGUCGCCAACCUCUUCCGGGGUCAGGAGGACCUGCUUUCCGAGUUUGGACAGUUCUUGCCUGAAGCCAAGAGGUCUCUGUUCACAGGAAAUGGGCCAUGUGAAAUGAACAGUGUCCAAAAGAGUGAACACGAGAAGAAUCUGGAACACAGCAAAAAGCGCUCCCGGCCCUCUCUUCUGCGUCCUGUAUCUGCACCUGCCAAGAAGAAAAUGAAACUCCGUGGCACCAAAGACAUGUCCAUUGCCACUGUGGGCAAGUAUGGGACCCUGCAGGAGUUCUCCUUCUUUGACAAGGUACGCAGGGUGCUGAAGAGCCAGGAGGUCUAUGAGAACUUCCUCCGCUGCAUCGCGCUCUUCAACCGGGAGCUCGUGUCUGGCUCUGAGCUCCUGCAGCUCGUCAGCCCAUUUUUGGGGAAAUUUCCAGAACUCUUUGCACAGUUCAAGUCCUUUCUGGGGGUAAAAGAGCUGUCAUUUGCCCCACCCAUGAGUGAUAGAUCUGGUGAUGGAAUAAGCCGAGAAAUUGACUACGCAUCAUGCAAGCGCAUUGGAUCCAGCUACCGGGCACUCCCCAAAACCUACCAGCAGCCCAAGUGCAGUGGAAGGACAGCCAUUUGCAAGGAGGUGCUGAAUGACACCUGGGUCUCUUUCCCCUCCUGGUCAGAGGACUCCACUUUCGUCAGCUCCAAGAAGACACCCUACGAGGAGCAGCUGCAUCGCUGUGAGGACGAACGAUUUGAGUUAGAUGUUGUCCUGGAGACCAACCUGGCCACCAUCCGGGUGCUGGAGAGCGUGCAGAAGAAGUUGUCUCGAAUGGCACCUGAGGACCAAGAGAAGUUCCGACUGGAUGACUGUCUGGGUGGCACGUCGGAGGUUAUCCAGCGCCGUGCCAUUCACCGCAUCUAUGGGGACAAAGCCCCAGAGAUCAUCGAGAGCCUCAAGAAGAACCCUGUCACUGCUGUGCCUGUCGUCCUGAAAAGGCUGAAAGCCAAGGAGGAGGAGUGGCGGGAAGCACAGCAGGGCUUCAACAAGAUCUGGCGGGAGCAGUAUGAAAAGGCAUACCUCAAGUCCCUGGACCACCAGGCUGUGAACUUCAAGCAGAAUGACACCAAGGCCCUUCGCUCCAAAAGCUUGCUCAAUGAGAUCGAGAGUGUCUAUGACGAGCACCAGGAACAGCAUUCAGAGGGCCGCAGUGCCCCCUCCAGUGAGCCGCACCUCAUCUUCGUGUAUGAAGACAGGCAGAUCCUGGAAGAUGCAGCUGCCCUCAUCAGCUACUACGUGAAGCGGCAGCCAGCCAUCCAGAAGGAGGACCAGGGAGCCAUCCACCAGCUGCUGCAUCAGUUCCUGCCCAGCCUCUUCUUCUCACAGCAGCUGGACCUGGGUGCAUCAGAGGACUCUGCCGAUGAGGGCCGGGGCAGCCCUCAGGGGCAGAACGCAGACCUUGGUGACCGGAAGAAACCGGCGCCCGAGCAGCAGAGCAGCUCCCCGGAGGAGAAAGGAGCUCCGGGGGAGGCGCCAGCUGCCGAGCCGCCGCCACCACCACAUAAGCCGUUGGAUGAUGUCUACAGCCUCUUCUUCGCCAACAACAACUGGUACUUCUUCCUGCGCCUGCAUCAGACCCUGUGUUCCAGGCUCCUGAAAAUCUACCGCCAGGCACAGAAGCAGCUUCUGGAGUACCGUGCUGAGAAGGAGCGUGAGAAGCUGCUGUGCGAGGGCCGCCGUGAGAAGGGCAGCGAUCCCGCCAUGGAGCUGCGGCUGAAGCAGCCCAGUGAGGUGGAGCUGGAGGAAUACUACCCGGCCUUCCUGGACAUGGUGCGGAGCCUGUUGGAGGGCGGGAUUGACCCCACACAGUACGAGGACACCCUGCGAGAGAUGUUCACCAUCCACGCCUACGUGGGCUUCACCAUGGACAAGCUGGUGCAGAGCAUCGCCCGGCAGCUGCACCACCUGGUGAGUGAUGACGUCUGUCUGAAGGUGGUAGAGCUCUACGUGAACGAGAAGAAGCGGGGGGCCGCAGGUGGGAACCUGUCCUCACGCUGUGUCCGUGCUGCCAGGGAGACCAGUUACCAGUGGAAGGCUGAGCGCUGCAUGGCGGAUGAGAACUGCUUCAAGGUGAUGUUCCUCCAGCGCAAAGGGCAGGUGAUCAUGACCAUUGAACUUCUGGAUACUGAGGAAGCGCAGACAGAAGACCCCGUGGAGGUCCAGCACCUGGCUCACUAUGUGGAGCAGUAUGUGGGGGCUGAGGGUGCGUCGAGCUCUCCCACUGAGGGCUUCCUCCUGAAACCUGUGUUCCUGCAGAGGAACCUCAAGAAGUUCCGAAGGUGGCAGUGUGAGCAGGUGCGAGCCUUGCGGGGGGAGGCCAAGAGCUCCUGGAAGCGGCUGGUGGGGGUGGAGAGCGCCUGCAAUGUGGACUGCCGCUUCAAGCUCAGCUCCCACAAGAUGAUGUUCAUCGUGAACUCUGAGGACUACAUGUACCGCCGUGGGACCCUCUGCCGCGCCAAACAGGUGCAGCCCCUGGUCCUGCUGCGGCACCACCGGCACUUUGAGGAAUGGCACGGCCGCUGGCUGGAGCACAACGUGACAGUGGAGGCAGCCAGCCUGGUGCAGGACUGGCUGAUGGGUGAGGAGGAUGAAGACAUGCUGCCCUGCAAGACCCUGUGCGAGACGGCGCAUGUGCACGGCCUGCCGGUCACCCGCUAUCGUGUGCAGUACACCCGCCGCCCUGCCUCGCCCUGACACUCCACGGCACCGCCUCGAGGUUCGGCCUGCGUGUGUAUCGGCUUCUCCGUGGACAGCCCGCGGGGGGAGGAUCCCCAGCCUUGCUGCCCAGGCUGUGGCCUCCAGAGAUGGGGAGGGGCAUGCUGGCCUCCAUCCCACGCUGUCAUCCCUCAGCUUCCAGAUGUGCCAAACCUGAACCCCGCACUUGAACUCUGGGGGCUCUGUCCCUGCUGUAAGUGGUAGGGUCAGCAUGGGGCUGUGGAGCAGGGAUUGCAUUCACGCCCCUGACCGGCCCUCUACACAUGUGCCAAACCCCUAAGCAGGGCCACCGUCCUUCUGUGCAUACGGUGCCCAGAAAAGUCAGUGACAAGCCAUUCAAGGGCAUUCAUUUUGGGGGAGGGGAGACCCCAUCAUGGAAGGAGUCAACCCAGUUGUAUCUACUUGAAAAACACACCCCUCCCAAGUGGUUCUGAGAGCUUCUGGAAAUACCACCUGCAUCUGACCGUUUGGGCAUUGACUUGGCCCAGCUGACCCUGGUGGGCCACAGUCACUUUGAAGCCAGAGAACCCUUCCAUCCAGUGUCGGGAUUUUACCUCUACAUCAAGACGUGGAUCGGGCUGGGAGCACCAGAACUGUCUGGAAGAUCCCACUCUGGGAUAAAGAAAGACCAAACGUUGAUUGUGCAGUCAGACAUGGGGUUGUGAGGACAAGAUCUCCACCAGAUGUUCCCACCAAGCUCAUGGGCCCCACAUGGAGGACCCUGGCUAUUCUCUAAACAUACAUGCACACACAUAUUUAUUCCUUUUCACUCCCUUCGUGGUUGUAACUUUGCAGCAGCCAGGUCCCACAGCUUCUUGGGGUGAAAGUUGCUUUCAAGGAACUCCGCAUGCCACCCUCACAUCCAGGCCCCACAGCUGGGGCAGCCGCAGGUGUGGCAUGAGGGCUGACAGCAUCCAAGGCUGCUGUGCCGCUACCACCAACCUGCGCCAAACUGCCAGUUGGACCCCUGGCCCAUCAGAGGUGACCCCCGACUGUGAGCCUGGAACGCCCCCGUGCAGCCCUCAUCCUGAAACAGCCAGGAAGUGGAGACUGAUUUCUAGAAAUUACCUGUGGGACUUAAGGUUGAUGAAACCGUGACUCCUAGGUCUGGGCAGCUCCAGGGCCAGUCUGUCCCACCAGGGCCUCCUGCCUCGUUUCCUCGAGUGUAGUCCAGGCACUUUGGACAUUCUCGUUUUGUCAGAAGGGGAUUCUUGUGAGGAUCCCGCACCAGACCUUUGGCAGCCUGCCCCCUGGGGGUCCCCUGUCUGUGCCUCAAGUGGACUGGGUGUGAUCAGACCUCACAAAGUCCCCAUCUUUCCAGCUUACCCACCCCCACCCACCCACCCCAGCAUGCUUCUAGGGAGCGCCUCGUUUUUUGAAGAAUUUCUGUUCCAGGGCUUGUACUUCCUUUGCAGCUGUUUUGAAUGUAGUUUUCCUUUUCUAUUUAUUUGCACAUUAAACUGAAAAAGUUAAAUAUUGAUGUAAAGCUGUGAGGUACCCUCAGGCCUUUCCCUAAGGUGAUUUCUCCUGGCUGGGCUGGGGUAUCUGCAUGCCCACUAGCAAGAUGCCAAGUCCCAGCUGCAAAGCCUCGCAGCUUCCCUGCACGUGUGGGCUCCUGGUCCCAUGGGGCAUUGUUCUACCCAGAGAAUGUCUCUAGAAUAUUCAUUCCCAGCUCAGUGUUCAUUUUCAGUGAAAAUAGGAGGUGUCUCCUUGAAGUGUCAUUUCAUACAAGACCCAGUUAAAAGACUGGUGUUUGCUCUGAGCUUUAUCAACUUCUGCGUGGUCACCCACGCCAGCACAGGGUCUCCCAGCCCACAGGCCACUCUCCAAGCUCUCUGGUCUCCCUCCUGACGGGACCGCCACCUUUUCCGUCACUACCACCUGAGCUUCAGAGCCCUCCACCAGGCUCUGCCUCUCACCUGCCUUCUGGGAAAUGAAACCACUGCGUUGCUUGGGGACCUCUGAGCUGACACCCCUGAGACUCCUCAGGACUGGUGGGUACUUGCCCUCACCCAGCCAGUGUCCCUCACAGGCCUCACCCGGCAGGACCAUUUCUCUCCCAGGAGUAGGUCUCAGUGGUGCUGCAUCCCUGGCACCCCUUCCACAUGACCUUACACAGGUGUGCUACCUGCUUGGCACCACCUCCCUCCAGAGAAUCUGCUCCUUGGGCAUUUUGUGGGGCAGACUUGUGCUGUCGCAGAGUUUUGACCAGGCCUACAUCAGGGUGCACAGGGCCCCACCUUGCCCUUUGCCAGCCAGGCCUGCCUUUGUCAGCAGCACUGAGAUGGGAAGGCCAGGGUGCUCCUGGAAAGGGUGCUGGGUCCCAGGAUUGCUGGUCUUAGUGGCCACAGUGGUGUGCAGAAUUCUGAGAUGGCCAUAGAUUCCCCACAAGGGAAACCCCCAAAUAGCCCCUGCCUUUGUGGGUGCAAUAAGGUUUGAGAGGUGAGCUUGGUGGGAGGGUGUUUCUGGCCUGGGAGAUACCAGCUCAGUGUUGGUAAGGGGGCCUGCCCUUGCAGAUGAGGGCUGGCCCACAGCCUGCACCCUGGUGAGGCCCUGGGCAGAGCACCCACCCUUGGAGGACCCAGAUCCUCAGAACUCAAUUGCUAUAAGCCCUGAGUCUGUGCAUCAGACAGUAACAAAGAGCAGCCCUGGCCUAGAAAGCUGUCCUGCCGCCUCGUAGCAGGCACCAGGUGGGCUGUCCCCCUCCUGCCCCACAGGGGCUCGACCCUGUAUCCCCGAGUGUGUGACAAGAUUAGGUCUUUCUGCUCCGGACAUGGCCAGAUCAACCCUUCUGCCAUGCCUCGCUCAUCUCUUCUCCCCACCCCCACCAGCCCAAGGAGCCCUGCUGUUCCCAGUCCCUCCCCUGGCCCAGGCCUGACCACACAGGACAAAGGACCCCCAGAGUAGGGCUCCCCUGAGCAGGACGGCUAAGUCCUCUCUGGGGUCGGGAGGAGCUUCAGAGGGACUGCGUUUAGGAUAGAGGAGCCUCAGUUUCUUCAUGUAACAGCCGCCCUCUGAGUGGCCGACACAGAGGUGACAGGGGUCCUUCUGACCUAGGUGCACCCGGCCCCCAGACUGGGGGCGAUGGAGGAGGCUUGGGGGUAGGUGGUCAGGGGAGUGGAAGUGCAGAACAUGUGGAGCCAGGGCCCGAGCCACUGGCCUUGGACAUGACCUUGCCUCCUCCCUUGGAGUCACACAUCCUCUCAGGCUGGCCAGAGGAGGUAACAUUUGUGGGUGCCUCUGGCUUCAAAGUACAGUAAAGGAAACAAUUUCCACACAGGCAGCUUCCCAGGCACGCGUGGGCCAGAGGCCUUGAGGUCCUCUGACUCUUCUGCAGACUCCCAUCUUCCAGUGCAGAGUGAAGUGGGGGGAGGCAGUGUGGAAGGGUCACUCGGGAAGGGGUGUGCACCUGGAGCUCCAGGCUGGGCUGGAGGGUGAGAGAGUCAAGCCGCUUACUCAGGUUUGUUUGCCUUUUUUAUUUGUUGCUAUUUAACAAGUUUCUACAUUUUGGUAAAAUACAUAAAAAUUUACCACAUUAACCAUUGUGAGUGUC